AUGGCGGCGUCCACUCCGGGUAGAAGCGGCCCCCGGGCUCACCCGGCUCCAUCCCCGGGCAGUCCGACUCGCCUGUCCCGCCUGCAGGAGAAGGAGGAGCUGCGGCACCUGAAUGACCGGCUGGCCGCGUACAUCGAGCGGGUCCGGUCUCUGGAGGCGGACAAGUCUCUGCUGAAGCUGCAGCUGGAGGAGAAGGAGGAGGUGAGCUCCCGGGAGGUGACGACCCUCAGGCUGCUCUAUGAGACCGAACUGGCGGACGCUCGGAAACUGCUGGACCACACCGCCAACGAGAGGGCCCGACUGCAGGUGGAGCUGGGCAAGACCCGCGAGGACCACCGACAGCUACAGGCCAGAAACACGAAGAAAGAAUCCGAUUUAAGUCUUACUCAGAACCAACUGAGAGAUGCAGAAGCUAAGCUGAAUUCAAAAGAAGCGGAACUUGCGACUGCUCUGAGUAACAAAAGAGGUUUAGAAGAGCAACAGGAAGACCUGAAGACACACCUAGCUGGACUUGAAUCUUCAUUGAGGGACACAACAAAACAGCUGCAUGAUGAAAUGCUAUGGAGAGUGGACCUGGAGAAUAAAAUGCAAACCCUUAAGGAGCAGUUGGAUUUUGAGAAAAAUGUACACAGUCAGGAGCUGAAUGAGAUGAGGAAACGGCAUGAUACCAGGAUUGUAGAAAUAGAUUCUGGUCGAAGAAUAGAAUUUGAGAGCAAGUUGGCCGAGGCCCUGCAAGAACUCAGAGGAGAUCAUGAGCUGCAAAUCAAGGACUACAAGGACCAGCUGGAGAAAACAUUCAGUGCCAAGUUGGAGAACGCACAGCUUGCAGCUGCCAAGAACAGUGAUUAUGCCAGUGCAACCAGGGAAGAGAUCAUGUCUACGAAAAUCUCAGAAUAGAUACUUUGGCCUCACAGCUAAACCAGUGUCAAAAACAGAACUCUGCACUAGAAAACAAAGUGAGAGAGCUUCAAGAGAUGCUGGACCACACACACGAUUUGCAUCGGAGACAGAUGUCUGAGAAAGACCGAGAAGUGGCUGAGAUGAGGCACAAACUGCAAGAACAGUUGGAGGAAUAUGAGCAAUUGCUGGAUGUGAAGCUUGCAUUAGACAUGGAAAUAAAUGCCUACAGAAAAAUGCUGGAAGGAGAAGAACAAAGGCUGAAUCUAUCUCCAAGCCCUGCACAGAGGAGUACAGUCUCUCGAACCAGCUCAAGACACACAAGCCGUUUAGUACGAGGGAAAAAGAGGAAAUUGGAUGAAAGUGAAAGAACAUCGAGCAGACCUGGGUAUAAGAUCAUUCAGAAUGCCAACGUUUCAGGACCCAUAUCUAUAGAAGCUGUAGACCCUGACGGGAUGUAUGUGAGACUUUUGAACAAUUCGGAUCAGGAUCAACAAAUAAGUGGAUGGACAAUUAAAAGACAGCAUGGAAGCCUUCCUGAAAUUGUUUAUAAACUUCCAGGGCGAUUCAUCCUUAAAGCUGGCCAGCGUGUUACAAUUUGGGCUGCUGGAGCUGGAGCGUUACACAGUCCUCCCACUGACCUUGUCUGGAAAUCCCAAAAGUCCUGGGGAACAGGGGAUGAUGUCAAAUUAACUCUAUUAGAUUCUACCGGAGAGGAGUGUGCUGAAUUUACCCUCGUUAGGGUACAGAGGGAAGAAGGAGAGACUGAUGAUGAGUUUUUGGAAGAGGAGUUAUCAGAGUUUCAUGUUAGGCCAAAACGAAAGAAAAAGAAAUGUUGCUUAAUGUCAUGA